UGCGAUCAUGGCGGAGCGCGGUCAGCUCCCUCCUUAUGUAAAGCGUUUCUGUUGUACACCUGGUUACGGUUCGGGGUGUAGGUUAGGCCAGCAGGUGGGCGAUACCGGGUCUGGGAGCGGAACGUUCUGCGCUGGAUCAUCAUCAGCCACCGUCACUGCUGCCCUGGUGCUGUUGCCGCUUGGCAAGACGCAAAGCCCCGAGUCCUUGCUAGAUAUUGCGGCUCGUAAGGUGGCAGAGAAGUGGCCUUUCCAGCGGGUGGAGGAGCGGUUCGAACGGAUUCCGGAGCCGGUACAGCGCAGGAUCGUCUACUGGUCCUUUCCUCGCAGCGAAAAGGAGAUAUGUAUGUACUCCUCCUUCGACACCGGUGCCGAGGGUUUUACCACCCUUGGGGGCGCAGCCGCCAACACCACGUCCGGUGGGGCCGUAGAUGCCGUCGCUGAUGAGAACCGCCUACCUUUCCGCAGGGGCAUAGCUCUGCUCGAUGGCGGCUGCGUCGAUAAUGUCCUGCAAGUCGGGUUCGCCCCCAGUAAUCCGGGUCAUCGCUGUACCCUGGAUCAUAGUAGGGAGGAUAUGUCUCCACCGCGCCUCCCCCACCUCCUCAGGGCCGCUAGUUAGAAAUGAAUCAGCAGAAGGCGCCACACAGGGAUGAGGAUCUGUUCCGCCCUCCUAAAUAAAUAAAUAAAAAAUGAAUGUGAGAUCCCAAGAGCGGAUCUGUGGUGCGAGGGAGGAGGAGGGAGCGGGCAGCGGGCGAAGAGCUGCGAACAAAGGCAUUUCUAGGAUAACGGCCAG